GAGCCCUGCAGGGUGCAGACCCGGGCACACUGCCCACCCCCUCCUACCUUCCUUCCCCCCUCACACCCACGCCAAGGAGGGGUCUCGCCGGGGGCCUGGCUGAGUGUGGGGCCGGCCCGGGGUCUCCGGACCUCACAGCAUGGAAGUGUCCUUCCGACUCCUGGCCUGCUUGGUGUGCGUCGUCCCGAUGGGAUCACUUGUGAGAACUAAGAGAGAUACCACUGGGAACUUGCUCAACACAGAGAUGAACAGUGCGCCCGCCCAGCGCUGGUCCAUGCAGGUGCCGGCCGAGGUGAGAGGGACGGCGGGCGAGGCCACGGUGCUGCCCUGCACCUUCACGCACCCGCACCGCCACUACGACGGGCCGCUCACGGCCAUCUGGCGCGCGGGCGAGCCGUUCGCCGGCCCGCAGGUGUUCCGCUGCGCCGCGGCGCGGGGCAGCGAGCUGUGCCAGACGGCGCUCAGCCUGCACGGCCGCUUCCGGCUGCUCGGCAACCCGCGCCGCAACGACCUGUCGCUGCGCAUCGAGCGCCUCGCGCUGGCCGACGACGGCCGCUACUUCUGCCGCGUCGAGUUCGCGGGCGACGUCCACGACCGCUACGAGAGCCGCCAGGGCGUCCGGCUCCGCGUGACGGCCGCUCCACGGAUCGUCAACAUCUCUGUGCUGCCAGGCCCGGGGCACGCCUUCCACGCGCUCUGCACGGCUGAAGGGGAGCCAUCACCCGCCCUCACCUGGUCCGGCCCGGCCCUGGGCGACGGCUUAACCGCCACUCGGAGCCCAGGUCAUGAUCCCGGCCACCAGGUGACCGCCGAGCUGCCCGCACUGGCCCACGACGGCCGCUACACGUGUACAGCCUCCAACAGCCUGGGCCGCGCGGAAGCCAGCGUCUACUUGUUUCGUUUCCACGGUGCAUCCAGGGCCUGGACGACCGCCCUCCUGCUCGGCGCGCUCGGCCUUAAGGCGCUGCUGCUGCUCGGCGUUCUGGGCGUUAGGGCCGCUGCCCAUCAUCGCCUAGAGCACCCAGUCACCCCGGACGCUCCGCCAAGGCCUCAGGCUCAGGAGUCCAAUUAUGAAAAUUUGAACCAGAUGAGCCCCCGGGGCCCACCAGCACCUGUGUGUUCACCGUGAGGAGCCCACUGGCCACCUGCAUCCACUGGUUACCGCGAGGAACAAAGGCCAACAGGAGGCUUGGCUGGGACGGCCCUUCCUGGCUCCCGGGCACUGUGACAGCCCCAGCCCGGCGACACCCGGAGGUCAGGACCGUGCUCACCGAGGCUCAGAGGUCUCCCGUAUGGACUUCGGUCUUCGAGCCCCAGCAAUAUUUCUCUCUAUGGGGCAGCAGUUUGAAAGUGUGUGUAUGUGUGUGUAUGUGCACAUGUGUGCACAGGAACCCAAGUGUGACUCUUCUGGAAAGCUCUUUUCACCUUUUCUUACUUAGAACAGAGCAAAGGAGGAAGGACAGUGGUCAGAGGGGUCUCCAGGCCCCGGCUCCAUCUGGGUUCUGUCACUGACUUGCUAUGGGGGCCAAGGCACUUUUUCACUUCUCUGUUGAACUUGUCCACUAUCGAACACGGACAGUUUUAUUCUUCCCUCCCGGCUUAGGGGCUCUCAGGGUCUGAGCACAAAGUGGACUUGGAAGGGCUUUGGGCAGUACAAGGCCAUCCACAGGCGUGAGCAGGGUUACAGGCUCCUCCUUGCAGAGCCGCCCUGGACAAGUGUAGCCCCCCGGCCCCAGCCCUGCUGAGAGUGAGGAGUCCAGAGAGCAAGCCCGGGGCUGGGCCGUGCCACCCUGCAGUCCCAGGAACCUCGACUCAGUGGCGAGGACAAGUCCAGUGUUCCCUCACCCUGGGGUCUCCUCUGCGACUGCCCACACUCUGCCCACCUCUCACCCCAUCAGCUGCUCUGCCCUGCCUUCAGCUGGGACCUCUGGGAAGAGGAAACGAAACACUCAUCAUCUCAAAGCAUCUGAAAAUUCACUGUCCUUAAGGACCACAAGCCAGGAGGUGUGAGGACAGUCUGGGCCACAGGGGUUCCGUGGGUAAAGCAGCCGCAGCUCUGACCGCCCUCCGCCUGCUUCUUCCCUGGAUGUGCACAGGCCAGAAGCCCCGGGAGUUUCCCACUUGUCCGAGUGCUGCCAGGCUGCCUCCGGGCCACGGCCUUCCAUCCUCACGCUGGAUCAUUUUAGCUCCUGCAGUCCUUGGGGAUGGGUUGGGUGGGGGGAAGCAUGCUUGGGACCAGGACAAGCUGGUGAGAGAAAAGGGCCACAGAGAUGGGGGACUCACGAGGCAGCAGAAACUCACUUUCUUUCCUCCAGAACUUUUUCAGAAGCUGCAGUGGUAGUUGGGGUCCUCUGGGGUGAGCACAGGGUCCUUUCUGAUGCUUUCUGCAGAGAUGGUGCAAAGGCUGAAGGGUCUUCACAUGUUAACAAGCAGGGCGGGGGGUUAGGAGGUUCCUCCCCUCCUCCUGGAGCCAUCGCCAGAGUAAAAGGGUGAUGGCGGCUCACGGUUAACUCAGGACCCAUCGGGAGCCUGUCUGACUUAGAGCGUCUGCCUGGUCUUGGAGGCUAGUUCCACAGCCAAGAAAAAGUGAUAGGAAUUGUAUCAUAUGCAUUGUUUUGUGCUAGCAGUUGGGCCAGGUGUUUGGGGAUAUAGAAGUGAGUAAGGCUGGGCUAGGUCAUGCUGCAUUAACAAACCCCAGUCACAGUGACUGGAGCAGUUAGGUUUCUUCUCUUCAAAGCUGCCUGCUUGGCACAGAUCAUCAAGAGGCUGUGUGUAUUAUACUUACUCAGGGACCCAGCCUCCUAGGGGCCCACCCUCUCUAAUGCGCAUUGCUGGGUUGGAUUAAAAAAAAAUCUCCAGAAGGUCUUCCACUUGGGAUCAUAGUUCAUUGGCCAGAACUAGCCAGUGGGGAGGUCCCACUCCCCUCCAGGGGCUGAGCAGUGGGACCCUUCACCAUACCUAGAAGCAGGGAAGCCAGAGCCUUUGGGAACAGCCCUGAGGAUUCCACAGGGGGACUCUUUAGGGAUUCUCAUGCUUGUGAGCAACACAGACCAGUAAGUGGGAAUCACAUAAGGGCAUCAGUCUGCGGGGGGGUUCUAUAGGAGCACCUAAAAAGGGGUGACUGACCCAGUCUUCCUGGAGGAGGGGACGUGGAGAUGGUACACAUUGGCCAUGUAAAUGGGGGAGAAUGGAGAUUGGGAGGUGAGGGGGAAAAAAAAUCCAGAAGGGACAUUCUGAGCGAAGGCCAGGAGGUGGGACGCAGUAGUUGGAAGUUGCUGGAGCGCGGGGCAGAGGCAGUGUGUCUGGAGCCGAGGCUGCAGCGUGGAGGCUCCCGGGCGCAGAGGAUGCUGCCCCAGCAAGAAUGAGCAGCUGAGCCUGGGUUUCUACCUUUGGACCGAGCAGCAUUUUCCCGAUGGCUUCCAAGGAUCAGCUGCAUCAGGGACACCUGGGGAGCUUGUUCAACUCCUCAUUCUCAGCACCCCCUGGACCCCCCAAAUCACAGGGUCUAUGAAGGCAGGGUCUAUAGACAAAAUAUUAGGGGGAUUUUGGCCCUAACUUUGUACUGUGAUCAUUUUCAAACACACACACACACAAACUGAUCACCCAGAUACCCACCACUUACAUUCAACACUUACUAACAUUUUGCCGUAUUAGUUUAAUGCAUGUGUGUGUGUGUGUGCGCGCGUGUGUGUUUUUGGCUGAACCAUUCGAGAGUGAAUUGCGGACAUCACAGUACUUGACCCUUAAACAUCUCAGCUGUGUCUCCUGAGAACAAGUGCUCUCUCCGCCAUAACCUCAAGGCCGUUAUGACAUUUGAGAAAAUUAACAGUUAUUUAAUAAUAUCAUUGUAUCACCCACAUUCAUAUUUCUCCAAUUGUCUCUAAUCAGUUGACUCCAGGUGAUUUUUAGGUGAGACAGACCGGAGACUCCCUCUGAGUCAGCCCACUUGUCAGGGUGCUGGCUGCCCCUGGUGAUCUGCGCUUGGAGGACUUCCCGCGGGCUGGGGCAGCAGUCUUCCUCUCUGCUGCAGGGUUUCAGACGCAAAGAUGGACCAGGGCGAGGCCCAGGGAGAGGGAGAGCCCAGGCAGCCUCCUGCCCGGUCUCCAAUUAAAGCAUCUGCUAAGGGCAGAGGGGAGGGUGGUGAGGGGACUUGACCGUCCCCAGAACCCCUGGGCUGGCCGGAAGCCUGAUGGUCCUGCCCAGCUCACUGCUCUCAGAGCACCCAGACGCCGUCUAUGGCAAGCAAGGAGCAAGCGAUGGGCAGUGGGCUCAGUCAGCCGUGUCCUAGACCCUGAGAAGUGACCUGCAGAUGUGAUGUUUUGAAUACAGCACUUGGCAGUGUGGUGCAGGGCACAGCACUCUCUGCUCCCGGCCACCUGCCAGGCGGCUCCUGGAGGUGGGCAGAGGGAGCAAGGAUGACUACUGCCCAGGUGCCCACCCAGGUCUGCCAAGAGCACCGCACACCUUCUCUGCCUUCAAGGAGCUAUUAAUAAUAUCCUAAAUUUUAAAUUGAGAUGUAGUUCCAUGAGAAAUAAUACCCACGAGGUAAUGCACAAUGAAGCUAGGCCUGCCUUGGGGCGGAAGUGACACAGAGUGGGGCUGAGUUUUUACGCAUGUAUGUAUGCCCCUUGCCGGACUGGACGGCAAAGCCAGGUGAGGCUAGGGCUCAGCCGGCCACAGGCCCUCAGGCCAGGGGGAACUUGUAGACCUUGAGCUGGGGUCCUGGGCUGUGUCCCGCCUCCCUAAGGGUGCAUGGUCCCAUGCGCCCUCCAUAAUAACAGCUCCUCAUUAUCUGGGACCCGCUGUAGUCCUCAACCUUCCUUCCACUCCAUGAUCCCUUUUGCUGCUGCUAAGUCGCUUCAGUCGUGUCCGACUCUGUGUGACCCCAUAGACGGCAGCCUACCAGGCUCCCCCAUCCCUGGGAUUCUCCAGGCAAGAACACUGGAGUGGGUUGCCAUUUCCUUCUCCAGUGCAUGAAAGUGAAAAGUGAAAGUGAAGUGGCUCAGUCGUGUCCGACUCUUAGCGACCCCAUGGACUGCAGCCCCCGCAGGCUCCUCUGUCCAUGGGAUUUUCCAGGCAAGAGUACUGGAGUGGGUUGCCAUUGCCUUCUCCGAUGAUUCCUGGUAGUUCUCACUAAAAACCUAGGAGACAGGCAAGGCUGCAGGUAUCCUGUGUGACCUUCUCCUUCCCAGGCUCUUCUGUGUCUUUCCUCCUCUCCUGUGUCCCUUCCUCUGUCAUAUUUUAUGAGCUAAAAGGAGAAAACAGUCUCCCAGUGCAAGGAUACAGAAUGACUUAGGGUUGGAGCUCUCUGGUUUUCCCAGGUUUGGGCCCCCAGACCUUCAUCUUCCAGCCUCUGUCCCCAAGUCCCACAUGUGAGUGAACUCAG